AAUCGCAGUGACUUCUGAUUUCAAACGCGUGUGUUAAAACGAAUUAGCACUACACUUAACGUUUUUGUGUUAGUAUUCGUCCAAAAUCACGACGGCGACGCACAGUGUCAUCAAUACCAACUAAUUUUGCAAAUUUUUGGCUUCUGCCGCAUUAACAAUCUUUGAAUUGUGUUUAAAAAAAUAGUUUGCGGUUGAAAAGAAUAUGCAUUUAUACUAAAAUACACAGUGGUGGAAAGGCAACGAAACCAAACGGAAAAAAUUGAAUUACACCUUAAUAAAAUAUAACAAAGAGAACUCUAACUCCACUCCAUAAAAUACAUACGAAUUAUAAACGAUAGCGAUUAUUGCUUUUGAUAAUGACGUUGACGAUCAAGUUGAUGCUGCAAUAGUUGGGAAUGCAACAUUUGGAGCUGAAGAUCAGUUGGAUCACUUGAACACAAUGCGCGAAGCGCUCUUUUCUCAGGAUGGCUGGGGUUGUCAGCAUGUCAACCAGGAUACAAACUGGGAGGUACCAAGUUCUCCGGAGCCAACCAACAAGGAUGCAUCCGGACCGCCUAUGUGGAAGCCGAGCGUCAACAAUGGCACAGAUCUUUGGGAGUCGAACUUAAGAAACGGUGGCCAGCCGCCAGCUCAACAAAUUCCGAAGCCCUCUUGGGGUCACACGCCAUCCUCCAACCUAGGCGGUACGUGGGGAGAAGACGAUGACGGGGCGGAUAGUAGUAGUGUCUGGACUGGAGGCUCCGUUAACAACACUGGAUCUGGUGCAGCCGUUGGUGUAAAUCCAAGUGGAGUCAACGUAGGCCCCGCUGUUGUUCCCUCUGCUGGCCCUCAGUGGGGUCAGGGUGUUGUUGGAGUUGGCGUUGGACUAGGAUCAACUGGUAAUAAUAGUGGUUCUGGCACUAGUGGAACAUUGCCUGUGGUAACACCAGGAUGUGGAAGCGGCUCAAGCAAUAUAACUGGAACAAGUGGAAUUGGAGCUGGAGGUGGAAAUAAUGCCGGCAAUACUGGCAACGGGUGGGGAGAUCCUCGCGAAAUACGGCCACUGGCCGGAGGCGGCGGAGGACCUAUGGACAUUCGAAAUGUCGAUCAUCGCGACGCAUUACGCGGUGGUGGCAGUGCUGGAGCUCCAUCCGGGGAUCCUCGUGACAUUCGCAUGAUUGAUCCGCGCGAUCCUAUUCGCGGGGAUCCCCGUGGAAUAUCUGGCAGACUCAAUGGCACUUCAGAGAUGUGGGGCCAUCAUCCACAGAUGUCCCACAACCAACUACAGAACAUGAACAAAAUGGUUGGACAAGUUUCCGGCUCAAAUGUUGGAGCAUCAUCCGGUCCCGGAAUUGGUCCCGGUGGUCCGGGUCCUGGUGGCGUUUCCGGUCCCGUAUCAACAAAUAUUGCAACCCAGUGGGGACCGACACAAACGGUGGGAGUGGGCGGGGGCGGUACGAAGGACAAGAUAAGUGGUUGGGAGGAACCAUCGCCACCUCCACAGCGCCGCAAUAUUCCAAAUUACGAUGACGGGACGUCUCUGUGGGGCCAACAAACACGUGUUCCUGGCGGCGGGGGCGGCGGCGGUCACUGGAAAGACAUGACCGACUCUAUUAGCCGUAAUCACUUGAUUCGAGGACAAAAUCAAUCUGUUGGUAUCGGUAUUGCAGGCGUUGGCGUUGGCAACACAAAUGUUCCAGUUGGCGGCAAUCCCAACAAUCCCAUGACCAGUGUAGUGGGACCUCAGACGCGUCUCUCAUCCGUGAGUGGCGUGCAGCACAAGCCAGAUGGAAGUACAAUGUGGGUGCAUUCGAACAACGUCAGCGGCAGAAACACAGUUCCGGGCGUGACAGCAUGGGGAGAUGACAGUCAUAACGUUGGUGGUCCCGGCGGCGGGUCUGUAUCUGGCAGUAACUGGGUUGAUGACAAAUCCAGCGCAGGACUCGCACAAAACUCAUGGAGCGACACCUCGUCCGUCGGUGUUGGCUGGGGUAACAAGCAGAGUAAAUUGCCAUCAGCAAGUGGCUCAUCAGGUUGGAGCACGUCGUCAAGUGUUGGCGUUGGUGUAGUGGACGGUGACCUCGGAUCCGAUUGGAACGCACACGGUGGCAUUGUGGGCAAAUCACAGCAGCAACAACAGCAAAAGCUGGCUGGCCUCAAUGUGGGAAUGGUUAAUGUGCUCAACACGGAAAUGAUAAAGCAAAGCAAGCAGUAUCGUAUUCUGGUCGAAAAUGGAUUUAAGAAAGAGGACGUGGAACGGGCUCUAGUAAGUGCCAAUAUGAACAUCGAGGAAGCGGCUGACAUGCUCCGGGCCAAUUCGUCUUUGGCCAUGGAUGGCUGGCGUCGGCACGAGGAGAGUCUCGGCUCCUACUCCGAUCACUCUAGCUCAACGAGCAGCGGUGGCUUUGCUGGUCGCUACCCAGUGGGCGCUGCGCAACCUUCGAUGUCAUUCCCUCCUAAUAAUCUUAUGAAUAGCAUGGCCGGUGCUCCAGUGACAGGAAGUGGAAACAACAAUCCCAACAUGGCCGCCAUGCAAGUGCAAAAGUAUUUGAGUCAGGGCCCGCACGGCGUCACCGUUGGCCCUCAGGCCGUGGGCAAUCCAUCCGCGGUGUCGGUGGGAUUCGGACAGAGUUCAUCAAACGCAGCAGUGGCUGCAGCAGCCAGUGUCAAUAUUGCAGCUAACACAAAUAAUCAACCGUCUGGUCAGCAAAUACGCAUGCUGGGCCAGCAGAUUCAAUUGGCCAUCCACAGUGGUUUCAUAUCCAGUCAAAUAUUGACUCAACCGCUCACACAAACUACCUUAAACCUGUUGAAUCAACUCCUUAGCAAUAUAAAGCAUCUCCAAGCAGCCCAGCAAUCUCUGGCUAGAGGCGGCAAUGCGAAUCCAAUGGCAGUGAAUGUUGCCAUCGCUAAAUACAAGCAACAAAUUCAGAAUCUACAAAACCAAAUAAAUGCACAACAAGCCGUUUAUAUAAAGCAGCAAAAUCUACAACCGAAUUCGCAGCAGCAACAGCAGCAGCAACAACAACAACAACAACAACAACCACAACAGCAACAUCCAACAGCACACCUGAACAACUCUGGCAAUGACUAUAUGAGAAGUCACGAUGCAAUAAAUAACCUGCAAGGCAACUUUUCUGAGCUCAAUCUUAAUAAGCCAAGUGGAUACCAAGGCGCAUCCAAUCAGCAGUCCCGCUUAAAUCAGUGGAAACUUCCAGUAUUAGAAAAGGAUAUAAAUGCUGAUAGCACAGACUUUUCGCGGGCUCCAGGUGCGACUAAGCAAAAUUUAUCGAGCAAUUCAAACAAUAUGGGCUCUUUGGGCCUGCAAAAUGAUGGUACAUGGUCAACUGGGCGUAAUAUUGGUGAUGGUUGGCCGGACCCCUCAUCUGAUAACGAGAAUAAAGACUGGUCAGUUGCGCAGCCAAGUACAGCAGCACCUGCUUACACCGACCUGGUGCAAGAGUUCGAGCCAGGCAAGCCGUGGAAGGGUUCUCAGAUCAAAAGCAUAGAAGACGAUCCCAGCAUAACUCCCGGCAGCGUUGCUAGAUCUCCAUUGUCCAUUAAUCCGACGCCAAAAGAUGCUGAUAUAUUUGCCAAUACUGGCAAAAACUCGCCGACUGAUCUGCCGCCUUUAAGUUUGUCAUCGUCAACGUGGAGUUUUAAUCCUAAUCAAAAUUUUCCAAGUUGGUCGGACAACAGUCAGCAGUGCGCUUCCACCUCUGAGCUGUGGACAAGCCCCCUAAAUAAAGCAUCGUCUCGAGGACCACCACCUGGAUUGACUACUAAUGCCAAUAAGUCUGGCAACGGAGUAAGUGGCGUCACUUCAACAUCAUCAACGAUCGCCGGCAGUGCCAAUGGCUGGUUGCAGACGCGAAGUGGUGUCCCAACUACAAAUACAACUUGGACUGGAGGCAAUACUUCAUGGAGUUCUAGUUGGUUGCUUCUGAAAAAUCUUACAGCUCAGAUUGACGGUCCUACCUUACGUACCCUGUGCAUGCAGCAUGGCCCCCUUGUCAGCUUUCACCUAUACUUAAAUCAAGGAAUUGCCUUAUGUAAAUAUACAACGCGGGAAGAGGCGAGCAAGGCGCAAAUGGCUUUGAAUAACUGUGUUCUCGGCAACACAACAAUUUUUGCUGAAACUCCGAGUGAGAAUGAGGUACAGAAUAUCUUACAACAUUUGCCGCAAGUCCCAUCCUCAACCAACUCUGCUAUUGGAAGUAGCGUCGGCAGUAGCGUUGGUACAGCACCUGCUACUAGCAGUUCGGUGUCCAGCCUAUCUGGAAACAGUAGCAACGGAAAUGGCAACGGAAACGGUGGCGGCGGCGGCAGCGGCAAUAGCAGCAUCAGUGGCAGCAAUCCAAGCACAAGUGUGGCAAAUUCGAAUCUACUUAGUACAAGCGGUGGGGCGGUCCCCAAUUCCGGUGGUGCUGGCAGCUCUGCAACGGCUCCAGUCGGCAGCAGUACGGUGAACAGCAAUUCCGUGAAUGGUUCUGCAGGUUCCGGAAAUAGUGCUGGCUCUAAGAGUACCGCAAAUAAUAUAACAAUUAGUGGUGGCCAGUCCGGCGCAUCUGGUUUAACCAAUAGCAACAGCUCCACGUGGCGUCAGACUACUCAAAACCAGCCAUUGUCCGGGCAAAGGCCAACAGGCAGAGAAGCUGACUAUGAUUAUAUAUCUCAAUUUGUUUGUUCCAUUGUUGAUGAUUAAAAAUCGAUGACUAUCGGUCAUUAACCAUCGACUAUCGCAUUCUGUGACUCAAGACACACACCCAAAAGCUUCAAAUGAUUCGAUACUAAGUAUGUAUGGAAAGCAAGACCAUGUUGUGAAGUAUAUAAAAAAUGGAUCGACUGAUAGACGAAUGGACUUAGAUUUUUGUAUGCCCGUAGAUUUAUUUUUCUUCAUCGUUCAUAGAGUUAAACUUGUAUAUUUAAGUUACAAUUUAAUUAAGGAAAAACCCGAAAAAAACAUGCUGUCAAAAAAAAAAAA